AUGAUAUUUGAAGAUAUAACAGACACCGAUCACAAACUACGACGGACUAAACGCAACAAAACCCAACUAAUAUCAAAAUAUGUAGAGCUAAAAAGAUUAGAAAGUAUCUACCAAACAUCAACACACUUGCAAAAGAAGAAAUUACGACAUCCUGAAGUGAAACGAUACGUACUAAAAUUGAUACAUGAUGAACUUCGACAAAGAUUGAAACCAGAGGAAACAUUCGAAUUAUGGCACAGGGCCGUCUCCCAAGAGGGGAAGAGAUCAAAACCAAAUGGGAAGAGAAAAAUAAAAAGUAAGCCUGAUUACGAUGACACUCAGUUUAAUAACGAUAGGUUGUCUACAAAUAUUUACCGUUUUCUAGAUGAGCUGGUACCAGAUGAUAUAAAUGAGGAUGAUGUGGAGCUAAAGUUGCAAGUGGACGACAAUCUUGAUGACGAAGAGUAUGAUGAAUACAAUAUCAUAUCUAGUGCAAAACUCGACCAAAUAACAAAAAAUUUUGAUGUUCAAAACACUUCUAUCAAAGCUCAAUUCAUCAUUGAAUCUAGCGGAAUGGAAAUAUUGCCUAAUCAAUCGACAAGCUCCACUCAUUCCGUUCUCAAUCGGCACUUGAACAACAUGAAUACUUUAUUGCAUAUCAACAUUCUACGACAAAAUUGGGAGCUAUCUUACAAACUAUUUUGCAUUAUAAUAAGAUUUCCUAUGGUUGAUAUACGACAACUUUGGCCAUUGGGAAUCGAGAUCCUAACACAACUAGGAACAAAGAACAAGGAGCAGCCAGCAACGAUGAGGGUAACCAAAUUUUUCAACUACUUGAAUUCUUUUUAUACCGUGAGCUACCGGAACACAAUCUCGAUUGAGCGGAGCGACAGGUCAGCUAUUGCGCCAGCUUGGAGAUCAGGAACACGCUCAUUAACACCCAUGUAUUUGAUUACUUCUCUUUGGCAUUUAUUUGUGCAACAAGAAUACGAGCAAAUCUUGAACAAGAUUUUAGAAUUAAUCUUGGAGCCUCCAUACCAUAAGGAAGGGGUGUUGUAUUUUAUUGCUGCGUUAUGUUACUUGUGUCAAUGCUGUACAGUAGUGAACCACUUUGCAUUGCAGCACGAUUUGGAUAAGUUCAGCGAGACAGGAGCAACAUAUCGGUCAACAAAAGAGUGCCUUAAUUUGCUCAGUACGAACUGGAAGAAAAUUGAGCUGAAUCUGAACAAGUGCAAAGAGUUUGAAUUUGAUUUGCCAUUUACCGAGCUUCGAACACAAUGGGAGAUGAUUGUUGAAAAAUUGUAUGAGAUUGAAAAGUCCAAUAAUGAUGAAAAGGUGAAGGCAAAUGGAACAACCAUUAUUGACACCAUUCCUGAUGUGGAGGAGACAAAUGUUUGGAAUGAAAUUGUUUUGGAUGACGAUGAAGCUAUGGCUCCAAUUGAAACUUCAACCCAAAACAAAAAUAACAAGAACAUGGACUAUAACUUUGGAGUCCCUGAAGCGGUGGAAGACAUAGCUGAUCCUGAUGCGGACGAUGACUGGUCUCAGAUACGAUCAGACUCAGAAGAGGACGGAGAUGUGAUGGAGAACAGAUUAAACAAAUCUUUUGGAAUGGAAGCCGAGACUCAAGUCGAUGGUAAUAAUGAGUGGGAAGCCAUUACCUCGGACUCUGAGGAAGAGAAAGACACGCUUCAAAAACUUCAAAACCUUCAAGAGAAGGGGAUUCAUCAUGAGUCACCUACACAGCAUGAUAGCGCCUUCCUCAAUAUUGAUGACACAAUUCUCAUCGAUGAAGGCAAUCAAAACGAGAUGAAUGAUACGAAUGAUGCAAACUUGGAAGAAGAUGAAGAUAAUUGGGAACAGAUAGAGUCCGACCAUGAAGAUAUCGACGCACCGAUGAGCGAUGGUGGAGCCGAAAAAGAUUUGGCCGCGUCUUGGGUAGAUGAUGCGAAGCAUAAAGGAAUUGGUCUGGUGAAACAAAUGUAUCGUUCUUUAGCUGAUUCACAAGUAGACGACAAUGAUGUGCAUCUCGAAUUGAGAUGGACCCACAAUGACGAUGCUGAACUGGGUUUGGAGCUGAGUGGAGAAUCCAUAAACCAAAAGCUUGUAGAUAAAACUUUGGAGGAUGUUGAAACGAGUUCGAGCAAGCACGGUGUGAACACACUGAGUGACAAAUUUGAUUCAAAUGUCACUGAUUACGACUUGGAGUGGUCUCAAAUCGAGGACGGUGAUGUGUCUAUGAGAUCAAGUUUAGAUGCUCCCGUCAUAAAUCAAAUCGAAAAGCCCAACAACAUAAUGAACGGAAAUCAAUCAAUGGCAACUUCCAAGAAGGAAGUGCCAGUAGAAAACGAUUGGGAUGAAGAAUGGUCUCAAAUUGAUGAUGAUGUUAUGCCACUGGACGACAACGAGCACUUUAAAAAAGCAGAACCUUACGUGAUUGAGCUUGAAAGCAAUUUUGAAAGGACUGAAGCUCAUGAUACUAGACAAGCACAUCCCUUCGAUCUGCAACAUAUCAUUGACUCAAACACAACUGGUAAUACGCUAGGUGCUGGCAACUACUCAGCUUCAGUAGUGUCUGAGGUCGAUGAAAGCAUCGAAGACUCCCUCGCCAGCAGCUUUAAUGACAGAAGAAACAGUCUCGAAUUGCACCAAAAACGACUCAAAGAGGAUGCCAAGUGGAAGGUGAGAAGGAAGUCGACGUCGAAGUGGCAUGAUAAGACGAAGUCGCCAUCAUCGGAUCACAAGGUCAAGAAACACUCGAGUCAUAAAAAAGAAAAGAAGCACAAGUAUAAGCAUAAGCAUAAAAAGCUAAAGAAGGACAGUCAAGUAACUAGCACUAGUAACGCAUUAUAG